GUUGCUGUCAAACCGUAUUAACGUAAACACUUAAUAUUCCCAAUUGUGUUGAAUUGUCGAGUCUCGUUGAACAAUAAAUAACAAAAGACGAUUAAGAGUGUCCGAGUGAGAAAAGAAAAAAUAUUUUUCUACUGAGGUAGCAGAAAUAAAAAUAAUAAAAAAGAAAACGAAAUAAAGAAGCGCAAUUAAUUUUCAGUUUCAUUUAGUUUUAUAAUAUUUAUGGCAGACAGUUGUGCAAAUAUCAAAUAGAAAAAAAAAUAUUUCAAAGAACACGCUUAAAAUGAUGUGAAAAAGUAAAAUAAAUUUUUUCCUGUUCGACUUUUGACGAGAGAUGUGAAAAAAAAACUGCUUUUUACUAGCAAGUCAAGUUAUAUACAAAGUUGUGCUUGCUGUGAACGAAUGUUAAUUAUCCGAGCGCAAACACAUAACAUCACAACGAUAAUUAAAUUGUGUAAAAAGCAGCAUCAUUAAAAUAUUCAUUGGAUUAAUAUCGCAUUAUAAUGCCAGAGGAUUAUUUGCCCAGCUCAUUGCGAAAGGAUUAAAAUCACAAACGGCAUAUGGAUGCGAAAAUUAUGUUCAUUGGAUUACUGUGAAUAUUUUAAGCAUAAUAAUAAUAAAAAAAUAAGGCGAUAAAAAGUUUUUACUUCAGAUUGUGAUUGUGAUAAAAUAAACUUCUUUUAAAUUAAGUUAUAGAUGUCAUAAAAGAAACUUUGUAAGUUAUCGCCUACAAAAAUUAAGAGAGAAAAGAAAUUAAACCAGAAAAUGCUAAGUUCAGUGAACGGCAAUAACAACAAUAACAAUAAUAACAGUAAUCAAAGUCAUUACAUCAGUGCGGAUUAUUUAUCACCAAUGCCAGCUACAUUUGACUCGAAGUCAAGUCCUUUGGCGUUGUUGGCACAAACGUGCAGUGCCAUUGGAUCAGAUGCACCGAAUCCAAAGCUUUUGGCGAAUAUUGAGAAAAGUAAUCGACGUGAUAAGUCAUCACCAUGUUCAAGUGGAUCACCAAAUGAAAUUAAGUCGAGCUUCAAGCCUUACGAAUCUAGUUUGAAAGAUAAUGAUGCGCCUGAUGAUUUACGUGUUGCCAGUCGAUUGAAGGCACCAUCGAGAUCAACAUUGACAGCUACAUCUACAACAAAUGGCACUGAAAGAUGUGAAUCGACGCAUAGCGUAAGUUCACAACACACUAGAAAAUCACCACCGACAACAUCCCCAAAGACUUCGAAUGAAAAAUCAUCAAAUUCAAGUGCCUCAGUCAAAUCAACAACACCUACGGAACCUCCGAAAAGUGAUGCACAGAAGGAAGCGCUGAGAAGCUUAGCAAGCGCUGCUUAUCCUUCGAUGCCUUAUUUCAAUGGCUAUCCAUACCCAUAUUCAAUGGAAUUACUCAAUCAACAUCAGUCAAUGUUAAAAGCCGCCGCUCUCAAUCCUUAUUUGAAUUAUGCUCGAAUGAAAGCAGCCGCUGGUGCUAAUGACAUGAUGAUGGGAAUAUGUCGUGAUCCUUACUGCACUGGGUGCAGUUUAAGUUCUCAUUUCUUAGGCAAAAACGGGUCUCAAUGUCCACCAGGCUGCACUGAUGAUCACUCAGUAAACAAAGCGAUGACAAACAAUCCCGCAGCUGCAAUGGCAUAUCAUGCACAACUAGCACAACUCGCUGCUGCAUCACAAAUGCCGUAUGUGUGUAAUUGGGUUGGUGCUGAUUCAAGCUAUUGCGGUAAACGCUUCGCUGCAUCUGAAGAGCUUUUUCAGCAUUUGCGGUCGGAGCAUACGGGAAAUGCUAUUCCUGAUUCACUUUUGAAUGCUUCAUCUGCAUCGACAAACUCUCUGUUAGCUGCAUUUCCUCGUGCUUAUCCAACACCACCAUUAAGUCCACUGUCAAGUGCCAGAUAUCAUCCAUACAGUAAGAAUCCACUGUUACCACCCACACCAUCACUUGCUGGACUUUUACCGCCGCAUCCAUCAUUGGCACAAUACUUCUCGCCAUACGCUUUAUACCCCCGGAUGAGCUCGUCUAAUUUACAUCCAUAAAAUUCAACUGAUGAUGUUAAUGAUGAUGAUGUGCUUGAUAAUCUGACAAAUGUGAAAUAAAUAUCCGAGCGGGGAGUCGUUAUCAUGUCUGUCAACAAAUAAGAAGUGAAGAAUGAGAUGUGUACAUAAUUAAACAACAAAAUAGGGAAAAACAAAUCGUUUUCAAAAUAACAAAAAUAAAAAAAAUGUUUGCAAAUUUUCACGUUGUUCCACCCAGUUGGCAAAGUUGAUAAAUGAAUGAAAUGUGUGGGAAGCUGUGACUCGUGAGGUUGACAAUGUUAUGACUUCCAACUGGGAUUUUAAAUGGCCAUCUUACUUCAUUGUUGGAUGAUUGGAAUGAUGCUACAAUUUCGAGCGGUAGACUUUAUACCAAAUAAUCAAAACGACUAAGAAUUCCGCUGGAUUUUUUGUGCGCAUAUCAAUUAAUGUUUAGUUGGCUAGUUACGGGUUGUACGGAUGUUUUGUCUAUUGAGAUUUCAAUCUUUUAUGUUUCUUUUGUGUAUCUAGAUGUGAAAAUAAGUUUUUGAUGAACUUAAAUAAGCUUAAAGCUUUUAAAUUUCUUUGUCUUGUGACAUCACAUCCGUACAAUUAAAGAUUUUCUUUUUAUUCUCUUAUGACGAUGCUGAUGAUGAAAAGUAGAAAAGAAAACAAAAAAUUAAAUUCGCCAAAGUCUUUUUUUUUGUGAGAAAAGAAAAGUUCAAUUAAAAUUUAUGAUUGUUGGAUGUGCGUUCAAAGAAUGUGGAACAGUUUUGUGUUUCGUUUGAAGAUUUUUAAUAAAUAUUUAAUGACAAGUUUAAAAGUGACGAUGGUGACACGUGCUGUUUUCUGAUUUUAAUCGUUAUAAUAAAUAACUGACGUUAAAGCUUAAUUAAGUAACUGUCUCGAUGACCAGUCACCACUUGACAAUAAACACCUGACUGUCACAUAUACUAUGGACGCUCCCACAAAAAAACACAACUCGAUGUUUCUGUUUUGAAAAAUGAAUAUUUAGUUUUUAUUGUCAUUAAUUUGUUUUAUUUUUCUGUAUAAAACCAAAAGAGAAUGGACAGUAAGAAAUAGAAAAUAUAUGAAAAUGGAGAUUUUAUUAAUCUUAAUUUGCUAUUGUUUCAUUUCGCGACAGUCGAAAGAGCUUCUUAUAAUUUUUCAUAUUUCAGAGGCGGUGCGGUUACUUUUUAAGCUCGUUCGGAGAAAAAAAAAGAAACCUGGCGCGUAUAAGUUUUGGGUGAGUCUGAAAUUCCAUUAAGUUAAGUGC